AUGGUGCUGUCGGUAUCAGCAGACUGCCCUCAAGGAUAUUCAGCAAAGAAAAAAGCAUGCAUUGACAUAGACGAAUGUAAAGAUGAAAAAAAGCCAUGUGGAGAAAAUACAAUCUGCAUUAACACAAAUGGAAGCUACUACUGCCAAUGUAAAGAUGGUUUCAGAAGGCCGAGAGGGGAGGUGAAUUCUACAGCUGGUGGAUGCAAAGAUAUCUUUGAAUGUUUGGAAAAGAAAGACAUCUGUGGACCUAACACCAUAUGUGUGAAUACUAUCCCCUAUUACUCGUGCACCUGUGAUGAUGGAUUCAUUUCAACUACUGGGAAUAAAACUUUUCGUCAUGAUCAAAAUGCUAUAUGUGAAGAUAUUAACGAAUGUCAAAAAGGAAAUCCCUGUGGUCAGAAUGCAUCAUGUAACAACACACAAGGCAGUUAUUACUGCAUCUGCAAUGCUGGCUUUGGAUUGAAAUCUGGCCGAUUCAACUUCUCUGGGAAUCUGGAGCAAUGUGAAGACAUAUGUAUAACUGAUAAGACAAUCUGUGGAAGUGGAACUUGCCAUCAUGGAGCCAGUGGCCAUUACUGUGUGUGCCAAACUGGGUUCACUAACUAUGGCAACAACGUGCCACGCUGCACUGAAUUAAACUGUGAUGUUUUCAAAGAUAUAAAUGAUGUGAAAGAGAGAUUUCAUAUUGUAGAUGACUUAGUAAAUUACAUGGAAAAAACCUGUCAGGAACUCACAAACAACAAAAGACCAGUGGACCUGAAUGGAGAGGAGACUCUAAAGAGAUUCCUGAAUAUGACUGAUGAACUCUUGUCCAGUGCAUUUCUUAAUUAUAAAAGGAAAGUUUCAGACUUUCUUGACUUGGUGGGAAAUGCUCUGAGGCUCAUAGGACCCUUCACUAAGUCUUCAAGGAUUUAUAUCUCCUCCACUCACACAGAGCUGGACAUGCUUGUACACAAGGGGCCUGUUAUACCUAAAGGAAACAUAACAUUAUCAACUAAGCAUGCUAACUUGGACAUCCAGAUGGAGACAGCUGCUGGAGAUCCUGCCUAUUACCCCGGCUUUACAACAGUGUCCUUGAUGAGCUACUCAAACCUGGAAAACUCUACAGAUGGCUUCUUUGAUGGAAUGAAACCACAAAAGAACCAGAGCUUUAAGAUAAACUCCAAAGUGGCGACUGUCACUGUCAGCAACAGAAAUACAAGCCACCUUAAAACGCCAGUUAACCUAACUUUAAACCACCUAGAAGAACAGGCAAAUCAAACAUUCCACAUCUGUGUGUUCUGGGAUUCCUCGGUGAACGGAGGGUCAUGGUCUGAUCGUGGUUGCAGUGUGGCGGAGUCGAACCUGGAAUAUACCUCCUGUUCCUGUAACCACCUGGGAACCUUUGCUAUACUCACGGCUCACAAUGAAAUUGAGGAGAAGAUUGAGUUUCAUCUGAUCAUAUGGCUGUUCCUGUCCCUUUCACUGAUUUGCUUAUUCAUCUCCAUCUUGACAUUCUCAAUGAUCCGUUCUAUUAAAAGUCCAAGAACCACCAUCCACCUGCAUCUCUGCAUCAGCCUCUUCAUUGCAAAUCUUGCCUUUCUAGCAGGAAUCUCUCAUAUUGAGAACCAGGAUAGCUGCACAGUGGUGACAGGGAUCCUGCAUUUCUCCUAUCUGGCAACAUUUUUAUGGAUGUGUCUGGACAGUGUACAGCUGUUCAGGAUGAUAAUGCUUGUUUCGAACACCAACUUUAAAACCCUCCACAUGACGGCAGCUGCCUAUGGAGUUCCAGCUGUUAUUGUUGCCAUCUCUGCCUUAGCUAAUUCCAAGGGACAUGGCACUGAGAGAUAUUGUUGGGUAACCCAGGGAUUUAUUUGGAAUUACUUUGGUCCUGCAUGUGUAAUCAUCAUUGUAAACAUUUUCUUCUUUUUCAUAACUGUAUGGAAGUUAGCACAGAAGUUCUCAAGUGUAAACCCUGACCUGGAUGACCUGCACAAAAUAGAGGCAUUCACCAUUAGUGCAGUGGCUCAGCUAUUUGUAUUGGGCAACACCUGGAUCUUUGGUUCUGUCCAGUUUCAGGAAAACCAUACAGCCAUGGCUUACCUCACCAUCUUUGGCAGCCUGGAAGGAGUUACGCUCUUUGCUGUGUAUUGUCUGUUUUCCAGGCAGGUGAGGGAAGAGUACAAACACGCUUUGACCAGAAUUUGUGCUCCUCAGAAGAAGAGUGACAGAAAAGCUCAUGUUUCGAAGAGUGCCCAGGAUACAAGAGAGUGUCAACUUUGAGGAGCUAGAGCUAGACAGUAACC